CAAGUACCCCAGCCGGCCGGAGGCGGAAGUCGGUACGCAGGGCGCCGCCAUGACUGUUUGGGCCUGAUGGGAAGGGGAUUUCCUGUCCGCUUUGCGACCGACCGAAAAUAGGAGUCAAGGAGGCUGGGCGCCGCCAUGACAACUUGAUAUCGGAAAAGGCGGGACUGUUCUCCCUCAUUGAUCCUGCUCCAGCAUCUGCCUCAAGAUGCAGGCGGCCCUGGAGAUCACUGCUCGCUACUGCGGCCGGGAGCUGGAGCAGUAUGGCCAGUGUGUGGCAGCCAAACCAGAGUCAUGGCAGCGAGACUGUCACCAUCUUAAGAUGAGCAUUGCCCAGUGCACAUCCGCCCACCCAGUCAUCCGUCAGAUCCGCCAGGCCUGUUCGGAGCCUUUCGAGGCCUUUGAGGAAUGUCUUCGACAGAAUGAAGCCGCUGUGGGCAACUGUGCGGAGCAUGUGCGCCGAUUCCUGCAGUGUGCAGAGCAGGUACAGCCAACACACAGACCCUCCACCUUGGAGGCACACCCACUUCCUGCCUCCUGAGGACCCUUCGGAUUUUAGGAAAACUGGACGUGAGUGAUUGGCCACAGGAUAUUCCCGCCCCUGAAGAAUGGCCAGGUGGAGUCCUGAGGGCCCUGCAUGUGGGCUUGGCUUCCCUGGACAUCAAGAUUCACAAUAAAGACUGUAUCAAGACUGUAUACCAGGCUUGAGUCCUGCCUUCAGCACCUGAGGGGGUCCCAUUCCCCACCUUAACCUAGUGUACCAAAGGGGUCCUGGGGCACCGGCCAAGCCAGGCCAACUGUUCACCAGGGUUAAGACAACGCCUCUUCUGUCCUUAGGUCUGCCAACAUCUGUUUCCUGGUUCCUGCUGCACGGAUAUGGAGAAGAGCUCUCUCUCCCUUUAACUCUAGCAUUUACCAGGUCUUCACUGUUUCCUUGAGGCUUUGGGAGCAAUAAAUAACAUACCUUCUU